CCGGGAUAGGCUCCGGCACCCCCGCGACCCCGAAAGGGAGGAAGCGGUCAAGACAAUGGAUGGAUGGAUGGAUGUUUGUUUUUGACUUAUUUAUAUAAACAUAUUGGUGCCAGCAAGCCUGUGUUUGUGAUUACUGCCUUCAGCUCCAGCAGACGUUCUAGUGGGUCUUCUGAAGACACUGGGUGGUUUUAAAACAGAUAAUUUAUCCAACCUAAAGAAAAUUUCAAGACUAUCAGGAAACGGUUAUGCUGUGGUUCUGCAAGAAAUGAUGUCCCGAAUCCAAAAGUCCAUAUUUCAGCUUCAACUUGAGACUGAACAUCCAGACGAAGCUGCAAACACAAAAGUUCCUCUUAACCCAUCACAGCCAGAUGACUCUGUUUCUCCUUCACCACCAGUAAGGUCCUCUGAACCCAACCGUGCUGACAGGCAAAAUGGAAGGAAACCAAUCGCUGCCAGUGACCUUAACACCCCUGAAGUCCAACGUUAUGUUGUGGAACAUGUCAUCAGGAGCGGUGAGAACUUCAUGCAUGCUGCCCAAAGACUGAGAACCUUCUCAGGUCUUUGCAGGUGGGUGUGGAGGAGAUGGUAUAAAAGGGCCGAGGUUCAGACAGCUGCAUCUUCUGCUUGGAGCUCCUGUGGGUUAAGAAGGAAACUUUCCAUUUCUGCAACCAUGAACAAACUGUGGAUCAUUGCUCUGGUGGUUACCUUUCUCUCACCAUCCUGUGCAUUUCCAGAUAAAAAACGGUUAAAUCCGAACAACAUGCAGUCCAAUAGAGCUAAAAAACACUCAAACCCGAACAACAUGCAGUCCAAUAGAGACGCGAAGUUUCUAUUUUCCUCUGAAUACUACUGUUGGACUCAGUGGUUUGACAGAGACGAUCCUACUGCGACUGGAGACUGGGAGACUCUUUCGGACCUUCGGAAUCAGUUCCCUGAUAAAGUCUGCCCAAAUCCAGUCGACGUUGAAGCCACGACUCUGUCUGGGACUCCUGCAGACCAGACCGGAGAAGUCUUCUUUAAGUAUGACACGACAUCAGGAUUUGUCUGCAGAAAUGAAGACCAAAACGGAGGGAUGUGCAAAGAUUACAGAGUUCGCUUCAGCUGCCCCUCUUCCUACUGUACUGAAAAAGUGUGCUGGACUGAGUGGUUUGAUCGGGACAAUCCCUCUGGUACUGGAGACUGGGAGCUUCUGAGCGACCUCAGGAGGGAAAACCCAGGACAGAUCUGUGAAACUCCUCAGUACAUCCAGGCUAAAGCCGACUCUGUCUUAGGCGUCUUCAAGAGGGAUAAGUUCUACAUCUAUAACCCAACCAAGGGCUUUGUUUGCCGCAACGAAGACCAAACAUUCACGGAUUGCUGGGACUACAAGGUCCGGUUUGGAUGCUGCUGAUCAGCCUUCACUCCGAGAUGACGAGGAGAACAUAAAGGAUUCUCUCUCUCUCUCUCUCCUUGAAGCUCCCAUCUCUCAUUUGUUUUUCUAAAAGGUUUAAUCUUUUAGUUUUUUCUUUCUGUGGGUGUAAACAAUGUCAGCAAAAUAAAUGGCAUUUAAGAGCAAA